CUACCUCCAAAGCAUGGAAUUGAGGAAACAGCUGCUGAAUGCAGGAGACUGGGUGCCCAGGCUCAUCCUUUUGUGGUUGACUGCAGUAACCGAGAAGAUAUUUACAGCUCUGCAAAGAAGGUAAAGGCAGAAAUUGGAGAUGUUAGCAUCUUAGUAAAUAAUGCUGGUGUAGUCUACACAUCUGAUUUGUUUGCUACACAAGACCCUCAGAUUGAAAAAGCUUUUGAAGUUAAUGUGCUUGCGCAUUUCUGGACUACAAAGGCAUUUCUUCCAGCGAUGAUGAAGAACAAUCACGGUCAUAUUGUCACUGUGGCUUCCGCAGGUGGACAUACUGUGGUCCCCUUCUUACUGGCUUAUUGUUCCAGCAAGUUUGCUGCUGUUGGGUUUCAUAGAGCUUUGACUGACGAGCUGGCUGCCUUAGAAAGAACCGGAGUCAAGACGACGUGUCUCUGCCCGAAUUUCAUAAACACUGGCUUCAUCAAAAAUCCAAGCACCAGCCUGGGACCCACCCUGGAACCUGAGCAAGUGGUAAACAAGCUGAUGAAUGGGAUCCUGACAGAGGAGAAAAUGAUCUUUGUGCCAUCUUCUAUACGCUUUUUAAUGAUAUUGGAAAGGAUCCUUCCUGAGCAUUUCCUGGCACUUGCAAAACGAAAGCUCAACAUUAAGUUUGAUGCAGUAAUUGGAUAUAAAAAGAAAGAAUAAGUGUCUGGUCUUCCUGAACACUGAUUCCCCACAUUUAAGUGAUUUCUCGUAACAUUAAUCAGUUUCAACGUUGGAAGUUCCCUUUUUCCUAAUUGUCCUUUUUUCUUCAGUAUCACCCUAACUAUUCUCAUUUAUCUCCACUUUUUUUUUAUCUGAAACAUGAUUUCUUGUAUCACAGAAAUGACCAUAGGAAUUGACUUUACAGAAAAUGAGGAAAAGGAACAAAAACAAUAUGACAGUAAUUCCUGGGGGAAAAAAAAUUUUUUUGCAAUGCUUUCAUUAAACCAAAGAUAACUUCUGAUUAA